CCCAGCCGUCACCUCACUGUUUCGCACGGGAAAAACAAUAGAAUAGACGUCGGUCAAAGCGUGAUUGCAAACUGACUACACGUGAUAGCAACAGUAAGUGAAGGAAGAAACAAAAUAAAAUGUCGAUGUCCAAUUCCAAAAAGGCGGGUUUCCUGAAAAACCUCCUUAUCGUCCACGGUGACAGCAUCAAACGCCUCACACUUGACGCCAUUGAGCCGUCCGUACUCCACGACCAGCUCCGCGUUUGCGUUUCAGAAGAAAGAGAUCUCUCCUUUCUCACUGCGGACUACAUUCAUGACCUGCCCAUUCUUGGCUGUUGCGUUCUCGUUAGCCGUCUUGAAGAACCGGUUCGCGUCAACAUGACGGAAUUCGUGUCCGGUCUGGCCUGGUUUUUCACCGCCGGUCAGGUCAAUAACGUGCGCGACUGGAUUUCGCACUUCGCGGUUCGCGUCUGGACCAAAGCAGUAGAUCCACUGGACGGCCGGGAGGUGUGGCUGGAUUUUCGCAUCGAAAGGACGACGGACGAAGUCAUCGUAGCCAAGGUGGGGAGCUUCCACAAGCAUAAUGACGAAGAGGUCGGUCGGUGGUGGCACUGCGGGCACGGUGACUUCCCGCAGGGAAAAACCAUCGGGCAGAUGGUAGACUACGCGAGGGACCAGUCACGCUUGCCGUACAGCUUCGUUGCAAAGAACUGCAAGCACUUCGUCUACGAUUUUUUUCGCGACGUAUUGGGGGAGCGCCGCGACUUUGAGGGAUUCUGCCAGGAAAUCGAGCGCGCGUUGUAAAAUUUUAUGUUCUUUGCUAGUAUUUCGCAUAUAGUUAUAGGCUCAGCUACGGGUACCAGAAAAUCAACCGCUCGCAUACAUCGUGGUCUGGCAUCUGCUGUUGAGCCACAAAUGACCGAGCCUCAUUCGAAUCACAUUCCCAGCACUCAUCAUUCAUUUUUAUCGAUCAAUGCUAAUCUGGGUCUGGUUGGUACUCAGCUUGUUUUUGUCCGUGAAAGUCGCCGCUGCUGUGUACGAUGAGUUUGAUCUCCCCGCGGCUGGGACAAGCUGUCUUCCGGGCGAAUUUUCUGCACCAGGAUGAUGAAAGUCAACUUUUUCCGAUCAAUGCAAUGAAUCAAGUACUAUCUGUCGCAUGCCUAAGAUGAC